UCAGUGUGGCUUAGGCGCGACUUGUUCGCGCGUGAAAUAUGUGUGGUACUUCGCCUGCGCGAGAAUCGUAAGCUCGUGCAAGUAUCGCGUAUCGCGUGUACACGUUCUGCGUUUCAGUCCGAGCUGCACCGUUGCAUAGCGCGCGGCACGUACCGCGCGUCGCAUCAUCGUAAACGCGUCACCGUUAAUUCACUUCUGAUCAAUUGUGCGCGGAAUAAAAAAAAAAAACACGGAAAGGAACACGCUACUCCGUAGAGAAUUCUCUUUUCUCGAAUAGAAGUUAAAAAAAAAAAAAAUAGAAAAAAGAAAAACGCGCGCGAUACACUUGUGUGAACAUUUCGACGCUUUUGAAAUUUGAUUUUUUUGAAGCAGUGUAUAUUUCCGAUACGAGUUGGGAAACAGGAGACAUGCAGAGUGCAGUGUUACGUUGCAGUGUAAUUUAUUGGUGAGGAGUGCGCGCGGAGCAAGAGGCGACACGUGGACGGAACGCGUCUCAGGUGAAUCAAUGAAAGCGAAGUAUUUGUUAUUCAACGUACUACUGGAGACCUACAUAUUUAAUUAAAACGAGUUUCGAGUCGCGCGGUAUCGCAGCACGACUGACUCGCCGAUCUGACUGCGGUCGCCAGAAGAAGAGGGGUGGCGCGCAUAGCGUACACACGGGGAUAAGAAUCGAUCGUCGUAUCGAAUCGAGGUUGAAAAUCCUUUCAAACUGGGCGACGGAAGAGGUAAACACCGAAGAGUCAGGAUGGCGGACGAGAGUCAGCCAAGCCAACGACCGGCUCCCAGAGAUCACAAAAUCUUGAGUCAUUUGCCGAUCGCUAUCAAAGUGCUCGAAGUGAUAGUGGCCAUUUUCGCGAUUGGUUUGGCGGUCGAUCCGCUAAACUCGUUCCAGCGGAUUUUCAACAAGCCGCGAUUCAAGCUGGACGAUGCCGCCACUAUUUACAUAUCGGUCGCCGGCUAUAUUCUGAUCAAUUCACUCUUCGUCAUUAGCCACAUGCUGGGUGAUCGCGUGCCAAAAAGAACGUUGCUGCUGUUCGCGUCCGUAGGAGUGUGCAUGCACGUGGUGGCCGGAAGCUUGAUGGUUCAUAACUGGCGUAAAAUGAACGGCUCUUACUAUUACGUGCACAACAAUGAGAUUCAUCCCAGCAAGCAAUACAUGGACAUGCUAAUAUCCGCGGCCGUGUUUACGUUUGUAAACGCGGCGAUAUUCGUCGCGGAGAUUAUCUCCUUAAUAAGAUAUUCAAAAGAAGUGCGUUAAAAAAAAAAAAAAAAUCUAUAUAUUGAUCAAAAGAAGUCAAAGAACUUCUACGUAUGUCGCCAAAGUUACUGAUAGUCUGCGUAAACAAAUCGAUUGAAAAAAAAUUUUAAAUUUUCUAUAUGUUUAUUGUAAACAAUUUUACUCAAGUUUCUUCAAUUUUAUGUGUAAAAAAAAAGCAUUUUUAAGUCAAAUAUGUGUCUUACAAUUUUAUCUUUUCACAAAAACUAUUAACUUAAAUAUAGAUUGAAACAAAUUACAAGUGUGUAUUGCAGAUAAGCUUGAAAACUGUGUCAUAAUUUUAAUGAAUGUUAAGUGUUUCACGAAAAGAUGACAAAAUUCUAAAAACGUUUAUAAGUAUUAACUUUUUAAAUUAAUUAACUAAUUAAGAGAAAGGAAUUAUUUUAAAACAAUAGUGUGUAUUAUAAUAUAUAUUGCACAAAAUAUUUGUAUUAUAUUGUAUUUCACAACAUAAUAAUAGCAUUUAGACAAUACCAUUUAUAUGUAUUGCGCAUGUAAUUAAGAUAAUACAAUUAUUGAUUAAAUUAAUAAUAAUUUGUAUAAUUAGAUGUUGUGAUGUAGUGCCUAUGUAUACAUACAUACGUAUAGCGUAGCAAGACCGCGAAAUUUGAUAAUCAUUUGCGAACAAUUCGCAAUUUCGAAAACACAUUUCGUAGCUCGUUGCUACGCGGACAAAAAGUGUCUACCUGUGCGUGUAAAAUCCGUCCAUUUUUGUAUAUGAAGUGUUCAUUUUUACGAAGCAUUUCAAUAAAACAAACUUUGAACUAUU